UAGCACCAUACGCCGCCGCCGCGCGCUUUCUUUCUCAAUAAUUUCCUUCGCAAUCUUCACCGGUAAGCCUUUCAAAUUUUCUGAUAAAGCACGCGCGAUAGCGGUGGAAGAUAGAUCGAAGAGAUCGCGCGCUGAUUGUUUUUUGGGGUACUGUAUCUGUUUCCCGGUUUUGUUUGAUUCUAUUGUCCUUCAAUUUUCUUCUGAGUCGGGAAUUGUGCGUUGUCUGAUUUGCUAUUUUCUAGUUCCCGCUGCAUCAAAUCCUAAUUUCGAAUUCCGAUUACGGAAUCUGAGGAGAGGGAAAAUUGGAUCGAUUUGCUUCGUGAAAAUUAGGGUUUUUUUUCUCUUUUCUCAAUUUGAAGUAAUUUAGAUAGAUCGGGCCUGGGUGAAUCGGGGAAAAUUCGUUUACCAACUUAAUUUAGGAGACUUCUGUCAGGUCUAGGUUUUUUUUUGUGCAUUCUAGCGGAUUUUUAAUCAGAAUCAUGGCCGCUGGAAGGCACGGGGGUUAUAGAGACAAUGAAUUCAGAGACCGUAAGACAGAUUAUGGAACAACGAGGAAGGAAAUUGGCUCUUUAAAUGGAGAAUAUGAGCGGGGCAGGAAAGGCAGUCGAGAUUUUGAUAGGGGUCAGAUCCAUGUUCGAGGCAGUCUCGAGUAUCGGGAUAGGGUCAGGCAAAGGGAUGUAGGAGAAAGAGAGAUGAGGAAUGGUGGACAUCGCUCUACUUCUAGCAGGAGUGAUUCAGGAAGUAGUGGUGGCGGGCCUAGGAGGUGUGGGUAUGCAGUUCGCCCCGUGGAUCGAGAGCCUGGGGAACUGUCUAGUGAUGGAUCUGAUGGUGCUACUGAGGCUGAAAUUCAAUGUAAUAAAGAAACUGAUGUUACAAUAUUGGAUAAUGGGAGACAGUUGUCACCUAUUCAAAAUAAGAAGAGGAAGUUUUCCCCAAUUGUUUGGGACAGAGAUGAUAAGGAUGCCACUCGAACAAUCAGAAGCACGAAAGUGUUGGAAAGUUGCAACUUGCCGCCAUUACCACCACCUCCUCCUUUGCCUGUUCCCCUUAAGUCUAACUCUAUUCAUGAUGAUGUGGAACAGACUUCACUGGUUGAAGACAAUGGUGUUCAUGUUUCUGGGGGCCCACCUUCAGACAUUGAUUCACUGCCUUACGUGUCAGAAUUGCCUGGCAUGACAGAUUCUUCAUUACCCAAAGAAGAAGACAGGCUCAAUGACAUGAUAGCAGAGACAAAUGAUGAAAAUGACUAUGUGCCACGGACUAUAACAUCAUCUCGAUGGGCAAAUGAUGCUGAGUCGCCAUCUGACGAAGGUGAGAUUUCUGAUUAUGAAGACAGCUGGAAGAUGAAGAGGAAGUCUGAAUCCAAAUCAGCUGAAGCAAAGGUAGGCAGGAAGUCGAUUAGUCCUGGGCUUGGAGAAUUUUCUGAAGGAACAAAGGUACGGUCAUUGGGUUCAGAUGAACGUGUAAGGUCUUCCAGUAGAGAUAGUUACAAUGACACUGUUGAUAAGAAUGACUACAUGGAAGUAGAUGAUGAUCAAAAUAUUGUUUGUAGUGAUGCUAGCCAUUCUGGUACCGAGUCAGAGGAUGAUGUUGGCUCUCAUGGCACACCAGAGCACGUCCAUCCUCCACAGAGGAGCUUCAAUAUGCUUCAUGGUUGCAGAAGUGUUGAUGAGUUUGAACGACUGAACAGGAUUGAUGAAGGAACAUAUGGGAUUGUUUUCAGAGCCAAGGACAAGAAAACUGGAGAAGUUGUGGCUCUGAAGAAGGUCAAGAUGGAUAGGGAGAGAGAAGGGUUUCCGUUGACUUCUCUUAGAGAAAUAAAUAUUCUUCUCUCUAUUCAUCACCCAUCCAUUGUGGAUGUUAAAGAAGUUGUUGUGGGGAGCAACCUUGACAGUAUAUAUAUGGUCAUGGAGUACAUGGAACACGACCUCAAAGGAUUGAUGGAGACAAUGAAACAACCUUAUAGUCAAAGUGAGGUUAAAUGCCUGAUGCUUCAGCUUUUAGAGGGGAUCAAGUAUCUUCAUGAUAAUUGGGUUCUGCACCGUGAUCUGAAAACUUCUAAUCUUCUUUUGAAUAACUGUGGUGAUUUGAAGAUCUGUGACUUUGGACUAGCCCGUCAAUAUGGAAGUCCUCUGAAACCAUAUACUUCCCUGGUCGUGACUUUGUGGUACAGGGCACCAGAACUUCUAUUAGGAGCAAAACAGUACUCCACGGCAAUUGAUAUGUGGUCGUUAGGGUGUAUAAUGGCUGAGUUAUUGUCAAAAGAACCUUUGUUCAAUGGGAAGUCAGAGGUUGAGCAGCUUGACAAGAUAUUCAAGAUUCUUGGAACUCCCAAUGAGACAAUAUGGCCUGGGCUUUCUGACCUCCCUGGUGCGAAGGUGAACUUCGCCAAGCAGAAGUACAACCUUUUGCGCAAGAAAUUUCCUGCGACAUCUUUUACAGGGACACCUGUACUAUCUGAUGCUGGAUUUGACCUUUUGAACGAGCUUCUAACUUAUGACCCCGAGAAGAGGAUAACUGCUGACGCUGCUCUCAACCACGAAUGGUUUCGCGAAGUCCCGUUACCUAAGUCUAAGGAAUUUAUGCCUACUUUUCCUGCUCAACAUGCACAAGACAGGCGCAUGAGAAGAGUAAUGAAGAGUCCAGAUCCACUGGAGGAGCUGAAGAGGAAGGAAAAACAAGGGGAACUAGGAACUGGUGGUUUAUUUGGCCAAUAGCUUCCAUUUUAUUAUUAGUUUGGGUUCAGCCUUAGACGGACAUGAUUGAGGUGAGAGCAAAAAGGGAGUUGCAAAAUUGAUUGUGAGACUAUCACUCGUGCUGUUUUUUAUCAGGCACAUGAUGCAGUAGUGGGGAAACUGUCUGGCCUGCUCUUAUCAAUCCUAUGCUGCUGGCUGGAUUUUCUUAUUGGGGUUGGCUGACAAUUUGGAUCCAGCUUUGGUGCUUACCCAAAAAGGUGUGGCAUAAGAGGUGGUGAUGUAAAGUGGAUGGGAGAUUCUUAACUUUUCAUUGCUGAAGAAUUUGACCCCAAGUUUACCACUCUGGAGUAUUCAAGCAAGCAUGCCCGUGAGUUCAGUUACGUAGGUUGGCCCUCUAAAUGUCAAAAUUAUUUUCUGUCAUACGCUUGUACUGAAGCUCUAGAGGUACACACCAACUUUAUUGUUCUAUUAAAUUAUCUAAGCUACUAUUAUGUACCUCGGCUGUUCUAUGAUUUAUCCUUACCGACACCAGCAGAAAAUAGUAUCCUUCCAGCAAUUUAAUUUUAUACAGUCAAUUUACCUGUGACUGAUAAGCAUAAAUACAAUUUAUUGUUUCUUUUCUCCUGUGUAGCUGUUAAUAGGCAAGCAUAUGUUGAGAAGCUUAGUUCCUGUCAGCUUUGCCAUUAUUGUUAACACCAUUUUCUUUUUGGUUAUGGCUAGACUCUAAUACAUUUUUAUUCAUGUCGAUGACUGUAUCUAUGAUUGAGUUCAUUUAGCAGCUGGGUUGGGUUAGCUUGUAGGAAGUUGUUUCUGAUUACCGUUAACCUAUUGGAUUGUACUUUCCAUUAACAGUGGUGACCAUACAUGCCUAUUGUGGCAGGUAUUCUAGUCCUUGCUUAGUUGGGAUGCAGGUAUCAAGGUUUUGUGCUUUACAGAUAAGCCAGUACUAACAUGUUAUCGAUUAAUUUAGUUCCUGUGUCUGUGUUGUCCGGAUAAAUUAUUAUUAAUGUGCUUUUGUCGCUUAACAAUGUUGAGCAAAGAGUUGCUAAGUUCUUAACCUUUGAACAUCCGAAUUGUCAAUCCACCCUAAACACAUGAUUCAUCAGGUAGUAAAAUCGUAUAUCACUUAGCAAGGUAAAGAAUGUCUUCUUUCCAAUGUUUAGUUUCAUAACUGGUAGUAGUAAUUUAACGACAAAAGUACUUGCUCUGAACUGCAUAGGAAUAGAUCACACUUUUUUUGUGCUUGAUAUAGUGCAGAAGGGAACUAGUUUUAGAGUUAUUGGGUUUUUGCUGAGUGAAAUGGAUUGCUAAUAAUCUCAGUAUUUAUUGUUGACAAGUAAAAAAGCUACACAGGCUUAUAAAAGCAAGGUGAGGCGAUGAACUCUUCAUCCUGCUUCUCAGUUGGUAAUGGAAGUUUGGUCUACUUUUUGAUAAACUUGACCUUUGUACAGCUAUUUGUAGUCAUUUCACAUUUAUGUGACAAGUUCACCGGUGGGAGAGACUCUGACUGAAUUGGAAAGAAGUAGCAGAUUAUGCUGCCAGCGGGGGGACUGGAGUGGCCCUUUUUUGUCACCUUUUACUCCUCUCUCUCUCUCUCUCUCUCUCUCUCUCUUCAAUACCAAUAUUGGUUCUCUGCUUUUUAUGAUAAUUUUUGGAACUUAAUUUGUCUAUUGACAAUACUCAACAACGAGCAAAAUGAAAUUGUACUGUGCGGCUUUGACGAGCUUA